AUGGGCUACGUCGGCGUCUCCCUCAUCCUCGCCUCCGUCGUCUGGGUCAUCGUUGCGCCCCCGCCAUGGAUACACCCCUUCAUGCCGCCUUUCCUCCUGACUUGGCGCCACCUCAAGCCCCCGCCCGCCCUGCCGCCCUCGCAGAAAUCAGGGUCCCCAGGUGAAGAGGCAACGAAGCAGGACGGGCGCACAAUCAAUCCCGCGACGAAGGAGGAGCAUCAGCCGCGCGACGCUCCGCCGACGCUCAACCCCCCCCAAGACCCCGUCGCCGCCCAAGCCCGCGCCGCGAUGCCCCCUCCCGCCGUCUCCCUCUCCAGGCCCGAGCCCGAGCCCGAGGAACAAACGACGCCCAAAGCGAAACCCUCCGCCCCCGCGGCGCCGGUUCCCUCCUUCACCCUCGAAGCCCCGUCAUCCCACACCCCUUCGACGGCACUGUCCCCUUCCGCGACCGCCGCAGCCCCCGGCAGAGGGAGCAUGCCCCCUCCGCCCGCGCCCUCGUCCAACAUCAACAUGAUGCCGCCGCCGCCUCCUCCGCAGCUCCCUCCACAAUCGCAUCACAAGCACUACAUCCUUGUCACGCGAUUUCAUUGUACAAGAUGUCGAGGCGGUCCGACGACCUGA